AUGAAUUCUAUGGAAUUUGAACUUCUCGAAACAAUCUUAUAUGAUCCACCCGCUGGAUUUUUUUUACUUGAUAAACACUUAUCACGUAUAAAAAAAUCUUCUAUUUAUUUUUCUGAAAAUUACGGAUUUUUUAAAAAAAUUGCAACUCCAAAGUUUAGUAAUUUGAUCGAGACGAAACUAUACCAAUGUGUUGAGAAGUUGGGAGAAAAUGUUAAGCAGAGAGUAAGGUUGACUAUAAACAAAGAUGGAAUACCAACCGUGUCAAGCACUAUUUUACAAUCCUUGACAUCAUCACCAGAACCAUUAAAAAUAGUUUUAGACACAAAGUUUACUCCUUCCGAUAAUAUAUUCCUUUAUCAUAAAACCACCAAUAGGAAGAUAUAUGAUGAUGCUCGUCAACAUGUGCACUUAGAUCUGAUCCCGGGAUCCAACAACAAAGACGAUAUAUUUGACGUAUUAAUGUAUAACGAAAGAAAUGAAAUUACAGAAUGUUCUAUUUCUAAUAUUGCCGUUGAAUUUUUUGAUAAUAAUGGUAAAUUAUUUUGGAAAACCCCGGAAAUUGAAUGUGGAUUACUAUCUGGUGUAAUGAGGUCUUACCUUGUUGAAAGUGGCGAUAUCAUUCCUGGUGUAAUUACUAUCAAAGAGCUAAAGACUGCACAACAGGAAGGAAGAAAAAUCAAAUGUUUUAACUCUGUUAGAAAAGAGUAUCAAGUAGCUUUAAUUAAUUUACAAGAUGCUUAUAGUAUUAUAUAUUAA